UGUCAGUUUUACAAUACGAACUGAGAGUCAGAAAUCCAGCUACAAUGGCCGCCCGCUCCUUCUUCUUCACUCUCACUCGGAAUGCACGAAAGGGCAAUAAAACUCCGUUCAGAUCCAUUUCUUCAAGCAACGAAGCUGUUAGACAAGAUCAAAUCGCAAUAACACAUGAAGGAAUCGCGGAUGAUUUUGCAGAAGAUGAAAACGAUGAUUUGAAGAGCAGAAUAUUCCGGCUCAGGCUCCCGAAGAGAAGUGUGAGUAAUGUUUUACAGAAAUGGGUCAACGAAGGCCACCAAAUUACCGUUUCUGACCUCCGCAGCAUCUCCAAAGACCUCCGCAGAUCCCAUCGCUACAAGCACGCCCUUGAGAUAUCAGAAUGGAUGAUUAGUCACGAAGAGUACAAACUAUCCGACUCCGACUACGCAGUCCGAAUCAACUUGAUGACCCAAGUUUUCGGAAUCGAUGCUGCCGAACGCUACUUCGAAUCUCUCCCAUCUUCCGAAAAAACGAGUGAAACAUAUACCGCUCUCCUCCACUCAUACGCCGCUCUAAAGCACAUUGAUAAAGCAGAGGAACUCUACGAGAGAAUCCAAAAGGCCAAUCUUUCUCUAACCGCCAUCACUUACAACGAGCUAAUGACAUUGUACAUAUCCGUCGGACAGCUGGAAAAAGUACCCUCAGUAAUCGAAGAAAUGAAACGGCAAAACGUGAAACGGGAUCUCUUCACGUACAAUCUGUGGGUGAGUUCCUGCGCUGCAUCUCUAAAUAUAGACGAGGCAAUGAGAGUUCUUGAUGAGAUGAGCCUCGAUUUAGGGUGUGAUGAGAGUUGGAUUAGAUAUUCGAAACUUGCUAGAAUAUAUAUCUGCGGUAAUCAGAUGGUGAAUUCGGAUAACGGGUGUUUGGUGGAGAGCGAGAAAGGUUCUGUUACACAGAGAGAGUUGAUAUCGUACGACUUUCUUGUUGUGCUGUACGGGGGUUUGGGGGACAAGGAGAAGCUUGACCAGAUAUGGAAGUCGUUGAGGAUGACUAGGCAGAAGAUGAUUGGACGGAACUAUGUAUGCGUGAUUUCUUCGUAUUUAAUAAACGGGUGUUUGAAAGAGGUUGGAGAAAUAAUCGAGCAAUGGAAGCAAUCUGCUACUUCGGAGUUUGAUGAAUCGUUGUGUAAGAAACUUGUGGAUGCGUUUGAGGAAGUUGGGAUGAAGGAUGAGGCGGUUAGUUUCGGUAUGGUAUUAAGUGAGAAGGGGUGUGAUUUUGUCGGAUAAUUUAUAUGAAGGUGGUGGCGUUGGUGUUUCUCUGGGUGUUUGUACUGUGUUACUGCUCAAUUUUGGGGGCAGAUUUUGGAUUUACAAAAGUGGAGGGAGUAACGAAUAAUAUAGUAUUCUUCUCUUAAUGAUAUCAUCAAUUUUUUGUGAGAUCUGGCAUGAUUUCAUUACUUAUAUCAACCUAUUGUAGCACGAAAACUUCAACUUCAUAAUUGUUCGGCGAUUCAGAUA